AUGGAAAUCAAUGCUUCUUGUCGACACGUUCUCGUUGCUUUAUCGGAUGAGCUACAAUUCAGUGAGAAGGAUUUUGAACAAUUAGUUUCAACAUCAAUACUCUCCAUUUUGAAAACAUCAAACAAGCCUCUUUCUGAGAAAACACAAGAAGUGUUCAAAAAUAAUACAGCAUCAUUAGUGCCCUCUAAUUUUGAUCAAAAGGCUGUUCAAUCGGCUUUGGUGUAUUUACUCCUAGAAGCUGCCAAGCAUGACAUUGCUGCUAUUGAACUUAGCCACUUAUUAGAAGAUCAUUUUACUAAUCGGAAUCGUUUGAACUAUCUCGGUCAGCAAUAUGAAUUGUACAAAAACGAAAUUCGUGAAUUUGUUUUAAAGCAAAAAACAUUUGCGUUUCCGGAAAUUGUUGAGCUUGAUUGGAGGUUAGAUUAUGUAUUGAAAACAAGUGAUGUCAAACAAAUUCACGAACCGGUAUACACAGUGAGAUUUAAAUGUAGGGACGGACAGGAAGUAACAAUUUCGUGCAACGCAGAACAAUUACAAGAUUUGCAUUCUAAAAUUAAGGAUGCAACAAAGCAGGUCGAAAGAACUCUUGAGCAAGUGUAA